CGGUUGUUUCCUUCGUCCUCGUCCAUUGCGAAUGAUAUGUUGGCUGACGGUUCGAAGCGUGUUCGGAAUGCCAACAAGGCAUCAGCGGCAGAAUUGUCGAAGGCUCUCCGCAUAUCUGAUGAUCCCAACUUCGAAGUAUUGACUUCCAGUGAACUAUCCAAGUCACUUCGUGAGGAUAUAUUUGCCAUGCUAGAAACUAACAUGCGCGACUUCUAUUUGCAAUCUUCUUUUGGUUGGCAUCCUGCUGAAAAACGGAAAGAAAUGUUUGAUCCCCUAUCACGAUUCAUCGUAGCUCGGAGGCCAGAUACCCAGGUAUUAGCAGGGUACAGUAUCUUCAGGUUCGAGCGUGAGAACGACUUGGAUAUGCUCUACUGUUAUGAACUCCAGGUAUCAAACACAUCCCGGCGUAACGGGCUUGGUCGUAAAUUGAUGGAUCUCCUGGGCUCCAUUGGCGAAGCUUGGCACAUGCAGAAAAUCAUGCUCACUGUCUUUGAAGCAAACGGGGCUGCACUUGUGUUUUAUGUUGCAUUGGGUUUUGUCGUUGACGAAACAUCGCCCGACGAAGACGAUGAUGCUGACUAUAAAAUACUUUCGAUGCAGCUUGGUAAACGCUGAAUGCUUCCUGGUACCAGGGAGAAGUGAAACCGGUUGGGGAACCUAUAUCGAUGUUGAUACGGAAUAGACCUUUAUAGCGCGCUUUUACUGCUUCUAGCGAGUACGCGUUUGAAAGUUGUUGGCAUAUUUGACUGCAUGGAGGAGUGGGCUUCCAUACACUAUUAGAUACCAAGGGUAGCAAGGCAUUCAUGAUUGAAAUCUCUUCAAAAGAAAAUCUUUCGUAUCACGCCAUUUCCGGGAGUAUCAAACAGAUCGAUUCACAGAUCAGGAAACGGGAAA